AUGUGGAGCUCCUCUCAGACAGCAGCAGAGGAUCUGGAGGCAACUACACUCUCAGUCCUGCUGCUCUUCAUCACACAGGAGUUUAUAUGUGCAGAGGAGAGAGAGGAGAACCAGCCAUUCACACACAGUACAGCCACUAUGGAUCAGUGUGUGUGGAUUUCCUUGUUUGUGAUUUUCUGUGUUCUAGAUGGUGAUGUGAUCCUGGAGAGUCCUGUCCAUCCUGUGACUGAGGGACAUCCUCUGACUCUACACUGUUUAUAUCGCAACACAAAUUCCUCAAACCUCCGAGCUGAUUUCUAUAAAGAUGGAUCAGUUCUCCAGACACAGACUACAGGAGAGAUGAUCAUCCAAACUGUCUCAAAGUCAGAUGAAGGUUUCUACCACUGUAAACACCCAGAGAGAGGAGAGUCACUGAAAAGCUGGCUCUCAGUCAAAGGUCCAUCAUGUGUAGAAGCUCCAUUCUCAGUGCUCAUGCUGAUCAGUAGUGUAGUGACGGCCUCUCCGUAUCUGCUGGUGACCAUCAUUCUGCUGGUCAAAUGUUACAGAGCUCGAGCUCACACUGAUGAAGAGAGAAUUGAGAAUGCAGUCAUAGGAGUGAGCAAAGUUCAUCUAACAAAAAGACGAAGUGUUUAAUGUAAAAAUAAUUUCAUAAUUUAUUAUUCUUUAGGGCUUUGUGGGGUUUUUAAAAUAAUACUGAUUUGUCAUUUUAAUGUCAUGCUGUUAUUUGCUCAGCAUCUCAUAGACACCCUCGUUGUUCUGACUGGAUUUGUUUAGCUAAAGCCUGCAAACCUCCUCAUGAGGUGAAAGUUACCAUGUGUGUAGUUUCUAAUAAAGCUUACAGGCUGCUAAUGCAAAACAGAGUAAAAAUGAACAAAUAUUCUUAAAAAUAUUUAUUGGUCAGGAGAAAAUUUUAUUGUUUUGUCUGAGGAUUGAGCUGUGCUUCUGGAAAAUAACAUCUGACAUUUGGGAAAUAAAUGUGUCUGGUGACCUGCACAUUAAAACCUCAAAACAUUUCAUCUAACUGUAAGGAGGUUUAAGCAAACACAGUAAUCUGUGCAAAAUGGUUGCUUUAAGUCCAGAAAAUAUAGAAUGAUACUCUAAUCUGUCAGUUGCUGGACCUCUGUUAAAUCACGCCAUGAAAGAUGGAUUGGUUUGUGAAAGGGAAAAGAAAAGCCCUAGAUGAGGUCACACAGACAUCCCAGUCAGGUGCUGGUCAUCUGGUCAUUGAUAAGCUAAAUGCAGAAAAUAUGAUGAGGCAUAUCUUACUCUCGGCUUCACUGUUAAUGUGGUUGGUGAGGAGGAGAGACCUAUGUGUGUCCUAUGUCUUAAAAAUUAAGAAGACACAUUGAGACGAUACGUCCUAAUUAUGUUCAAAAGCCACUUUUUUUUUUAAAGAAAACUUGAUCAAUAUCAUGGGCAGCAUAGUCAUUUUGUAAAAGCCACUUCAGCAACAACUUCUGGCUUCGUACAAAAUUGUGUAUCGCGUUGCACAAUGCAAGAAAUCACACACGAUUGCAGAAGAGUUGAUUCUUCCUGCUGCCAUAGAUAUGGUGUCAGUUAUGCUUGAUGAGGCAAGUGUAACAAAAUUAAAGACUAUCCCCGUGUCUAAUGACACCAUAUCAAGACUAAUUUUUGAUAAUGCAAAUGACUUGGACGAACAGCUCCAAUAAAAGGGAAAAGCUUUGCGCUUCAAGUUGACGAGGCCACUGACGGUACCAAGGACAGUUUGUUAACAGCGUAUGUGUGUUUCAUGCACUAUGUGCACCCAAUCUAGUUCUUUUCAAUGCAACACAACUGUAAUUUCAAAAAUUUUUAAAUUUGUAAUUUCAGUUAAAAAAUUAUUCAAUUUUCAUGACUUUUAGUGAAAGUAAUUGGAGGGGUUUAAAGGGGGCAGGACCAAAAAAGUUUGAGAAGCACUGGUAUAUGGUAUAAACUGCAUUAUUUCAGAAUGAAAAUGGGCAGUGUAAUAUUUUCCAGUGUAGGUUGUAUUUUCUGUAUAGAUGACUACAGUCAGAGUGUUUGGUGAAAAGCCCGGUGUUACUGGGGUUAAAGUAAGUGAGGCUUUGUAUGUAUGCAAUAUAAAAACAAGUUUAUUGACUGUUAUCUGAAAUAUGGUGGGAACUAAUAUUGUGUUUUGUGUCUUCUCAGUAUUAGUUCUACCACUACUGUAUUUGUACUGCUAUGUUUUCUUCUAUUUCUGUGUGAGAUUAGCUCUAGUUGAAUUACGAGGAGUAGACUUCCAAUCUCAGUUAGACACUGUUGAUAGUUUUGUUUGAAUUUUCAGCUGUGUGAACUUUAAUUGUAGUUGUGUGAGGAGAUUUGUGGAUGAAAUGUUUUGAUCUA